AUGUCCUCCACCGCCUCGCGCGACAAGUUCCUCUCCAUCUGGCCCGGGAUCAGGGACGAGUUGGUGGCCUACCUCGAAGCGCAAAAGAUGCCCGAGGAGGCGACGGAGUGGUUCAAGCAGGUUGGUUUGCAGACCGAUCGGGAGGCGCCAACGGUACGCUCGCUGAUCCGGUUUUGUUCGCGAUGGGUUGCGGCGAGAGUAGAAUUUGGACCAUAAUUCACCCGGGGGUAAGUGAUCGCGGAGGGAGGUGACGGGGUUCACUCGUCGCCUGUCGAUCGUCGUCGCGUGGGAUGGAAGCAACCAGGGAUACUACAAUGGCCGACUCAUCACCGACGAGCUCGCAAACACUUCUCGUACACCCCAACUAAUCCCGGGCCUUCGAUCCAGGCAAAUUGAACCGCGGCAUCUCCGUCGUCGACACGGUCCAAAUCCUCAAAGGCUCCGAUUUGACCGAUCAUGAAUACAAGCAAGCCGCGAUCUUGGGGUGGUGUAUCGAGUUGGUGUGUUCUGCAUCAAGCUCGCAGCGGAUUACAAACGAAGGGAAUGCUGAUCGUGUGUCUGGGGGUGUGUGGUGUGUACAGCUGCAAGCGUAUUUCUUGGUCGCGGAUGAUAUGAUGGAUCAAUCCAUUACGCGUAGGGGGCAACCUUGUUGGUAUCGAGUCGUAAGCUUGCAUCCACAACACAACAUUCUCAGCCGAUUAUAAAUGCAUCACUGAUCCCGCAUCUCCCCCCAUCGCUGCAUCCACCUUUUUCCCACUUUCCAGGAAGGCGUAGGCAACAUCGCCAUCAACGACGCUUUCAUGCUCGAAGCCGCGAUCUACCACUUGCUCAAGAAGUACUUCCGGUCCGAGAAGUACUACGUCGAUCUGUUGGAGUUGUUCCUUGAGGUGCGUUUGGCGCCCAGGCGCUGAUCCUGCGUUACGAUCCGCGGAGAAGAGCUGAUCAUGGCGAGGGUUGGGUUCGUUCAACGAUGAUAGACUACGUUCCAGACCGAGAUGGGGCAGUUGAUCGACCUCAUCACCGCCCCCGAAGAUUCGGUCGAUUUGAGUAAAUUUUCGUUGGACAAGUGAGUUUGUUCUCGGAGUGUAGGGUUCGAAGGAAAUCGUAUCCCAGGACCUGACCGCUCCCCACCUCGCUCUAGACACCACUUGAUCGUGGUGUACAAAACCGCUUUCUACUCCUUCUACCUCCCCGUCGCCUUGGCCAUGCACAUGUCCGGCGUCACCACCGAAUCCUCGUACAAAAAAGCGCUCGACAUCCUCCUUCCGAUGGGGGAAUACUUCCAAGUUCAAGACGAUUACCUCGAUUGUUAUGGUACCCCGGAACAGAUUGGAAAGAUCGGGACGGACAUUUUGGACAACAAGUGUAGUUGGUUGAUCAAUGCCGCUCUGGCCAAGGCCGAUGAAGGGCAGAGGAAGGUGUUGGACGUGAGUGGGCGUUUCGACUUGGAGGGAUGACGUCUCCGAUGGUGAACAAGGUUUCUUCUUCCGGAGUGGUGCUGACCCGUCGUCAUAUCUUGCACCAGGAAAAUUACGGCGUCAAAUCGUCCGAAUCCGAAGCGCGCGUCAAGGAAGUUUACAAGCAACUCGGACUCGCCCAAGCGUUCGAUGAAUACGAGGCAGAGUCGUACAAGCGCAUCAACGCGUUGAUCGAGACCAUCCCGGAACAAGGUGGAGACGGCUUGAAGAGGGAGGUGUUUAGGGCCUUUUUGAAGAAGGUUUACAAGAGGCAGAAGUAA